CUAGCUCUCGCCUCUUUUGCUCAGCCUUCAAAGUCCGCCAAAAUGGACAUUCACAGGCCGUGAAUUCGCACAAAUGCACCCAUCAACCAUUGCCCUCCUUUGCCUCUGCGGCAGUCGAGCCCUGCGACCACCAUCACCCGUGUUCACACAACGCCGUCGAUGCAGCCACAGCGCCACACCGCGAGGCUUCGGCAGCACUCCUACGAAGACCAAAAAAAAGAAAGCAAAACGCGAGGGCCUCUUCCGCGUCGAGCUGCGCCACGCCGACGGCGUUGGCGCCGCGAUGGGGGCGUCGGCCGCGGCCGUCGGAUGGGAGAGCGACACAAAUGAGGCCACGCGGACCGACGUGGCGGGCGUACCCGGCGCAUUCGUCAUCCGCAACGCGCUCACGCCGAAGGAGUGCGACCGCCUCGCGGCGCUCGCCAAUGAAGCCGGCUUCGAGGAAGCGCCAAAAGACGAGCGCCGCGACCAGCAGAACGGCGCCGUGAGCCUCGCCGUGGAUCUGGAUCCCGUGUUCCGGCGGUGCGCGCCCCUGUUGCCGCCGCGCGUGCUCGCGUACCGCGCCGCGGCGACGGCGGACCGUUGGGCCGCGCCCGGCGGAACGGAGCGGAGGCGGUGCCCCGGCGCGCCCGAGGGCCUCUACGAGUUGUCAGGAUUGAACCCGCGGCUGCGCGUCUACCGCUACCGCGCGGACUCGGGGGACGUCUUCCGGCCGCACCGCGACGACUGCUGGCCCGGGUCGACGCUUGCUGGGACGGUGCUGAGCGAGGACGGCUGGGCCUACGCCGCGGACCGACGAGGACGGUGGGCCUUCCGGCCGGGUGUAGAUCGGGUCUCGCACCUGUCCAUGCUCCUCUACCUGACGGACGACUGCGAGGGCGGCGCGACGACUUUUUUUGAUGAUGAUGGAGGCCCGCCCGUGCCCGUCGCCCCGGAGAAGGGCGCCGCCCUCUGCUUCUGGCAGUCGUUCAAGCUGGGCCGGGACGGCGUGCGCGACGCCGCGCUCGCGCCGGUGCACGAGGGCUCGCCGGUCACGGGCGGCGGCGCGAAGCUCGCGGUCCGGAGCGACGUCCUCUACGCUUUUCCCGUGGACGGCGAGGCGCCGGCGCCGGCUUCUUCUUCGGGGUAAGUAUUGUUUGUGUG